UCCCAACCUACCUCUCCGUUGUACAUAUCCUCUUCUAGUAGAUCGCACGAAGCGAGGAUCAACCAAUAUACUUCACUGUUGUCUCCCGUAUCUACCUUCUUCCCCUUGGCAAAUACAGCACAUUUGAUAUUAUUUGCCUCGUUCCAUGCGUUCCAUGUAAGCCAUCGAGACAAUGCGACCACUUGCAGGCGACGACGCUCUCGGGCGUCCCCGCACCUCCAACAUGGACGACCUUUCCUCCUUCAGCCUUCCCGCUGCCCCUCAAAUGACCUACUUCCUUGCUGAUGAGUCCGCCAUCGGUUCGUCGACACAGCCGCCCCAAGCUGCCGUCCACCGUGCAAAAGAGAAGCGAAGAGUACCCGUGGCCGAAACCCCGGACGUUCCGAGGCCGCGCCCAACGUCACGCUAUGACAUUGAGCUGGACAACAGAGAUAGCACCAGCCGGCCCUCGAGCUCUAAGGGCCCGCUUGACUCACUCAGGCACAACGAUGGCGAUUCUGCCCGGCCAAUUUCUCCGUUCCCCAAGCCACUAGGCACCCCCAGCAUGUCGCAGCCUCUAACCCCUGCCCUCGUUGGCGUCUCGGGCCCCGCAUCCGCCAUAAGUAGCGUCUCUUCCAGGAGAAACUCGUUCUGCCUGUCUGAGGAUCUAGGCAGCCAUACCCCGAGCAUGCGCGACGGUGACGCCGGCCCGAGGGAGGAGGACGCCGAAGAGGAGCGGGAGCCUGUCACAAGCUCUGCCAUGAUGGAUAGCGGCAGCGCCCCGCAGCUCAUCAUGCCCAGCAUCAAGAUGCCGAGCCGUCGGCCCUUCACCGAUGAGGGCAAGCGCAUGGGACGCCUGAAGGUGCUGAUUGCGGGCGACAGCGGCGUGGGCAAGACGUCUCUGAUCAAGGCCGUGGUUCAGUCUUGUGAGCAUAUUGUGCAUGUGGAUCCCAUUACGCCGUCGUCAGUGCUGUCGUCGUCGGUGACGAGGUCGAUGCCGACCAUCGCCGCUUCUUCCACGACUAGGCAGAGAAGCAGCCGGCGGGGCUCCCCCAAAGAGAGCGCCGGCACGAGCCAGAUUACCGAGAUUUAUGCGAGCACCAAACCGUACCCUGAAUGGUGGUCUGAGAUGGACGAUCUUUGCGUCCUCCGUCGUAGAAAGAGCCUGGGAGAUGCCGUGCUGGACCGCAACAUUUGCUUCGUUGAUACCCCUGGUUACGGGAGCGGAUCAUCUUCUAUGGACACGAUAACACCUGUGGUACAGUACAUUGAAGCCCACCUGCAGCGGAUAAACCAGAAUUCCCUCAGCGACGGAGACGUGCUGAACCUCUUGGGUGGAGAAGGCGGAAUUCAGGUUGACCUCGUGUUUUACAUGGUCUCAAACCGUCUCCGUCCUGUUGAUAUACACUACUUACAGCAACUCGCCCCGUUAACCAACAUAAUCCUGCUCCUUGCUCAGGCAGACCUGAUGUCGGCGGAACAGGUAGCCGCUAGCAAGGAGCAGAUCCACAGCCAGCUGCAUGAAGCAAACAUCAACCUCUUUUCCUUCUCCGUGGCCUCUCAGAGCUGCCCGAGUGCCUUGGACGCCGACAGGCAGGGCGUAUAUGCGAUAUCUAGCGCCACAGGGUCCGAUCAUGACCUCAUGGAUGCCAGCCUACUAAUGUCACCAGACUAUGUCCAGCCGUUAAUACCCACAGAGCUUGGCUCCCUGGUGGAGCAAGUCUUCAGCAGCAACGGCGUCUCUUGGCUACGCCACUCAGUCGCCCGCAAGUACGUCCAAUGGCGAAAGGGAGAGAGUAAUAUCAACAACAGCACCAACCUCCUACCGAGGCAGCCUUCGUCAUACAAUCCAAUUCCCUUCAUAAGCCUGAAUGGUCCCAGCCAGGUCCUCACUCUGCCCGUGGGCGCCGCGUCCUCGUAUGCGCUGGCCCGCCUCGCAGACCACACCCAGCGGGAGGAGCGCUUGGCGCAGGUCCGCCUAGCAAACUGGGCGGCUGACCUGCAAAAGAGCCUAGCCAGGGAAAGGGAACAGUACGCGGCACUGGCGCGAGGGGAGCGAGCCAUGUGGCUGGCCGAGAAGAUCAACGAGUGUAUAGAGGACGGUAGUCUCGUUCCCAGGGCACCGCCAGAUACUGGUGAUCUUGGGACCAGUCCACCUGGCAGGAGGCCACGGGCCUUUCCCCCUACUGAUUGGAAGGUUCAUUAUGGGUAUGGGCCCCUUGAUGCUGCCUCUCCUCCAGGAGCGGACGGUGACCCCUCAUCGUUGGCUUCAUCCCCUCGUAUGAGUGGGGAACGGCGGCACCGCCAACAGUACUAUUACCAGCAGCACCGCCAGCGUCAUGACCCGCUUGGACUGUUGGAGGUCGCCGACGAGUUGAAACAUAAGGGCUUGAUCGCACUGGAGGUGCUGGGGAGUUUGGGUGUGCUUGGAGGGCUCGCGCUGUGGGUGACCAGGCAUUACCUUCAUCUGCCAGCUUAUGGGUGGUUGUUGGGCGAGUGGGAGAGAUUCUGGUAUGGUGUUGGCACCGGUGGUGGACGGUAAAGAAGGGUGUCGACUGUUCUCGAUGGGGUUUUCAGAGCCCGGACCGCCCCUAAACUCCCGAGUCCCUUACCUACCCUACCCUAUCCUAAUCUUGUACCUACCGUGCAUUCGGAAGAGGGGCACCCUUCAUUUUGAUUCUUUUGCUCUGGGAAUGGUCCGCAUCACACGUGCCUACCCUGUGGGCGUUGGUAAGUGGCACGUGUCUGUUUGCUUAAGAAGCGGUUAUUUUGGAUUGGGAAUGGUACCUGAAGUGGACGAUCACGGCUUAAUUAAUAUAAGUAUAUUAUACUUCUCGAUGUGAUGCGG